AUGACUUCAUUCCUAUUGAAUACAAGUCUCUUUGUACGCGUUGUUGAACGCAGGUCUUGUACGCAUUUCCGAAGCAUACUGAUGCGUAAAUAUUCCGAGAUAGCGUCCAAAGGAACAUCGCACGAACGACCAGCAUUAGCUGUGUUUGGGGAUUAUAUGAAGUCGAACGAAACAACUAAAGCCAUUGCGGCUCUUGUUGAGCACCGGUAUCCCCACGGACAAGAUUUAUUGAAAGCUGAAUACGUGCCAUUGAAGAAUACCAGGCUUAGAGAGGAAUUGGCUCCCUAUGUAGAAGAAAAAGAGAUGGAAAAAUGCAUAGAAACCGUUAAGAAAUACCGAAUGACAGUGUUACAAAAAGAUGAGAAGUUUUCGUUAUAUUUAACUUUAUUAUUCCGACUCGAUCGAUGGGAAGUAGCAGAACUUCUCUACCGAGACUUUAAAAAUUAUGGAGAUCCGUCCGAGAGAGACUAUGGGAUACUGCUUGCUGGAUUUUUACAACGUAACAGAUUCGAUAUUGCAACAGAAAUAUGGAAUGACUACAUCGCAAAGAAUAAGCCAACUCAGAUUAUUUAUACCAUAGUUUUAGAUGGAUUCUCUAAACGAACAGAUUUGACGUUUGCGGAAAGUGUAUGGGAGAGAAUGAAGAGUGAGGGAAUUAAACCGGAUUCAAUAGCAUAUGCAGCUAUGAUCGAAGCAUAUUUUAGAGCUAAGAAUGUGACUAAAGCUACAGAGUUAUUUAAUGAAUUGAAUAGUUCACACUUGAAGCUUGACGUCGUAUUUUAUAAUCGUAUUAUAAAUGGGUUGUGUUGGACCAUGAUGAUAAAAGACGCAAUGAAAAUAUAUGACAAAAUGGUGAACUCUAAAGGAGAACUUGAACCGAACCUGAUCACUUAUAACACACUUCUCAGAGGUGCGUUGUUCGCUAAAGAGUACGCUGCGGCUGCCAAGUUGAUGGGAGACAUGCGUGCAAGGCAAUUAAAUUUUGACGAAGUUACGUUGACCACUUAUAUUGAUAGAAUGCUUUCAGUGCGCGAUAUCGAUGCAGCUAAGAAGCUGUGGGAUUUAUUCAAAACACUUAAUCUUAGACCAACUGCUGUAUCUUACGGUGCGUUGAUUGGCGGUCUUAUUAGAUGUGGUGAUGACGCCGGCGCACAAAUGAAGUUUAAAGAGAUGUUGGAGGCAAAUAUUAAACCCGGAGUCCAGGUUUAUGCUAAUAUGAUUCAAGGGUUCUUUUAUCGCGGAACGGUGCAUAUGGCCGAGGAAAUGUAUGCAAGAAUGCGGGAAAGCGGUAUCAGUCCGACUACUGCCACUUACAACAUUAUGAUCGGAGGUUUUGUUGAGGCCAAUAAAAUAGAGCAAGCGCUAGAAAUAUAUAAAGAGAUGAUUGAAAGCAGGACUAAACCUAAUCAGGCUACAUACAGUAUCUUACUCGGUGGACUGGUAUAUAAGAAAAAUAUGAAAAUUGCCUCCAAUAUAUAUGACGAUAUGAUAGCGGCCAAGUUUCUACCGGAACGGCGGGAUUUGAGGAAAAGUUGCGAGAUAAUUGCAAACUGGAGAGCAACGCAGACGUUAAAAUUGGGUGUUUCCUAG